GAUACGGCUGAACAGAACUCUCUACAGCCCCUCUUUGCUCAAGUUUUCUUGGGCACCAGUCUCGCCGCUUCGUGCAUGCAGGCGGCGGCUGGCUGGGUUCUUGGGAUCCUCGCGUCCCGCUGGUCCGCGCCGGCUCCGCCCGCGGACCCGUCCUGCACCUGCAUCUUCAGCGGGCACGAGCCGAGCUCGGGCGUGCUGGACAUCCUCCGGGAGCAGCUCUCGCGCUGCGGCCCGGAGCACCUCGGGGCGGCCUGCCCCGCGUGCCCGGCCUGCGUGUGCCCGCAGUGCCCGGCCCCAGCGGCUCCGUCCGGGGCCUGGGUGCUCGUGGUCCUCGUCGGGCUCGCGAGCUUCGCCGCCGGGGUGGCCGCCGCGGCUGCCUGGCUGCUUCGGGCGGGGCCGCCUCGCGCGGUCCUGCCGCCGCUGGCCCUCGCGGAGGGUCCUGCUGGGGAGCUCGUGGGUGCUGCGACGCCGUGCCUCGUGCGGUACGACGACGACGAGAACUUCCAAUGGCACCACAGGGUCCUCCUCGUCAAGGGGCCGGACCAAUGGUGGGUGUGGGUGACUCCCGACGGCGAGAUCGCGGCAGCCAACCUGGGGGGCUUCCGAGUGGUCGCCCUCCAGCGUGGGGGAGCCUUCCCCGACCGCUACCGUGGCAACAUCUACGUGUUCGACGAUGCCGAUGUGGACGCCGAGGAGAUGCACCAGUACUACCGCGAGGCGCGGGCGCUGGGGGACAUCCUCGGGUACCCCGCCUCGGCGGCCCCCCUCGCGCGGGACGAGCGGUGGUUCGUCUCGGACCCGACCUCGCCCCAGUAUGGCGAAGAGGUGCCCGCGGCCUCCGUGGGCAACGACGAGGUGCUCAUCCGCCGGGGCGAGGUGGGCCUCGUGCUGAUCGACGACGUCUGGCAGACGGCGGUGCGUGUCGAGGCCGGCGGCUCCUUCGAGGAGUGGCAGGCUCGGGCGCGCGGAGGUCCUGGUCGGGACCCGCGCAUCGCUGGCGACGAGCGGGACGAGGAGAAGGAUCGCUUCAUGAGCUUCCGCGCCUCCGUCUCGAAGAUGCGAGAGCAGGCCAUCCCUGGAUGGCCCCUCAAAGGGAAGCGGGCUACGCGCGAGGCUUGCCUCGCUCUUCGGGAUGCCGGACAGGAGGGUUGGGACGAACACCACACGACGUGGGUCAGGAGGUCCGGCAUCCCGGAGAAGAGCAACACCGCCCGCGAGCACCGGAUGCUCUGCUCCGUGCUCCGCAUCAUGCAGCAGUUCGACCAGCUGGACCUCUACAACGUGGCGGGGGUGGAGUACAUGGUGCGCCGCUUGAAGCAGCUCGAGGCUGCCACCAGGCGCAACCCGAGGCAGCCCGACUUCGACGGGCUCGACGUGGUGCUGGACGCCGCCAUCGACGAGUCCGGCGGGUUCGUGCUCCCGGCCUUCGACGCCUGGGUCGGCGAGCAGCAGCGGUCCGAGGCGGCCAUCAUGAAGGCGGGGAGGCAGUGGCGGGAGGAGACUUCGGCGAGCGGCUCGAAGGACAAGCCGCCGAAGCACCCCAAGAAGGCCGUUCGCUCGAUCAACGACCUCUCCCGUGCCUCGGUCCACGGGUUCGGCAGCGUGCCAGCCCGUGGCUCCACCACGCCCGGCGCGCCCUCCGCCACGCAGGCCAGCUGCCUCGCUCACCUGCGUCGCAACAUCGGCCGGCACGGCCCACGGCCGCCUGGGCUCACCCCUCGCGGAGCCCUUCAGGAGCUCCUCAAGUCCGACUCGCUGUACGCCGGGGCGCCCUCCAAGGUCGCACCCUACAGUGAGGACAAGCUCAAGUUCUGGAAGUCGAAGAUCGUCCCGAAGCGCGUCGAGGACAUCUGCCCCGACUUCGUCGUCCGCGCCUUCGCCGACCCCGAUCGGUACGUGCGGAAGCCGGACAGGGUCUUCUUGGCUGAUGCGGAGGGGCUCGACCCCAUCGUGCCCUACUGGGACCCUCACCUCGCUGGCUCGCCCGACGCGCGGGUCAGGUUUGUCCGCCGCCUGGCGGAACGAGGCCUUGUCGGCUACCGUCGGCGCAUUCGUGCUCGCGUGGGCUGCUUCUUCGUCGAGAAGAAGGGGGGGUUCAUCAGGCUCGUGGUCGACGCCCGCGAGACGAACCGGACCCACUGGAGCCCACCGCACGCUGCCCUCGGGACCCCGGCCGCGCUGGCGGAGCAGGACUGGUCGGACGCUGCCCUGGGAGCCUCCGACGCGACCUCGGCGCCCGCCAUCUACGGUGCCUCGCUCGACCUGGCCGACAGCUUCUACCAGUUCUGCUCGGACGCCCUCGCCGAGGACUUCGGCAUGGACUACCCCGAGCCCGCGUCGGUGUACGGGGCGACGCACGUCUGGGAGGACGGCCGCCUCAUCCCCGUCGGCGCCGACGACGUGGUGUUCCCCGCCUUCCGUGGCGUCGCCAUGGGCUGGAGCUGGGCCCUUUGGGUCGUUCACUCCUCGGUCACUUCGUGGGUGGGUCACGCGCUCACGGGCGGGCCUGCGAGCCUCGUCUUGGACCGUCAGCCGCCGCGCCCGGCGGCCCCUGGCAGGCCCGCCGGCUCCGUCUACGUCGACAACGUGGGGAUCCUGGGUCUCUCCGCCGCCGAUGCCGCGGCGGGCCUGGCCAGCGUCAUGGAGGAGCUCGACCGCCGGGGCAUCGUGUACCACGAGGUCUGCGAGCCGUCCCUCGAGUUCGGUAUGGUGGGCGUGGUGUAUGAUGGCGUCCGUCGGACUCUGCGUCAUUCCGACGAGCGGGCCUGGCGGCUCCACUUCGCCUGCCUGGAGCUGGAGCGCCCGGGCGUGCCCCGUGCCGCGUGGCAGGUGCGGGUCGUCCUCGGACACUUCAUCCAGCACUGCCUCCUCCUGCGGCCGGCCAUGUCCAUCUUCCGCCACCUCUACAGGUACGUGGACGAGUGCCGGCUCGGGCCGCCUUCCCCUCUACCGAGUCCCGCUCGGCAGGAGGUCAGCGUCUUCCGAGGGCUCAUCUUCCAGGCGGUCGUCGACCUCGCCGCGCCCGUGUCGGACAUCGUGCUCUGCUCCGACUCCUCCGAGGCGGGCUACGCCCUACACCGCCGGCGCUGCGACCCCGAGGCGGUGCGCCGACUCGCGCGCCUUCGGGAGCGCUGGCGCUUCACGCCCGACGAGAAGCGGCCCGAGGCCCUGGAGGACGACACCUACACGCCCGGCUGGCUUCCUGGCGCUGGAGGGGUGCUCGGUGAGGGGGACCCCAGCUGCGGCAUCGCGACCUGGGCCCCGCCGCCGAGGAGGGCCGACGAGCGCCCCCACGGCACCGUCCGGGCUCGGGUUGCACAGGCACCGCGGCGCGCGACCUUCGAGGACAUCCCCGACGAGCUCGUCGCCCCAGAAGCCUGGUCGCUGGUCGUGGAGGGUGCAUGGAGGACGCGGGCGCCCAUCCAUAUCCUGGAGGCCCGGAUCGCCCUCGCGGGGCUUCGGCACGCCUCCAGGAGCCUCGAGUGCCACGGGCGCCGCGUCCUCAGCCUCGGGGACAACAUGGCCGAGGUGCUCUCGACCGAGAAGGGCCGCGCCGUCGACGUCGGCCUCGGCUCCGUGUGCAGGCGCAGUGCCGCCAUCCAGGUGGCCACCGGCAUCCGCUGGCGGCGCCGAUACCUCGACACAGGGAGGAACGUCAGCGAUGGUGGCUCGCGCAAGGCCCUGCAGGGGUUGUACCGCCCUGGGCAGCGUCGCGUGGGACCUGGCGCCGGCACCCCAGGCGCGUGCCGGCCCCCCCGCGUGACGUGCUCCUUCGGCGAGGUCUUCUCGGGCUGCGGGCGCUGGACCGGUGCCCUGGCCCAGGCGGGCCUCGUCGUCGCGGCCCCCAUGGACAUCAAGCACGGGCCCUGGUGCGACCUCCUCAACCCGAAGGUCGAGUCUCAGGUGCGUUCCUGGAUCACCUCCCGGGCCGUCUGGUUCGUCCACUUCGGCACCCCGUGCACCCCGUGGUCCAUCUCUCGGCGAGGGGCUCGCGAGGUCUCCGCCAUCAGGGCGGCCCGACGGUGUGCUCACGUCACGGUGCGUCUCUUGGAGGUCUGCAGCCGCUACGGGAUCCACUGGUCUCUUGAGAACCCUCAGUCCUCGGGCCUCUUCCGAUGGGCCCCACUCCGGAAGUUCUUGGACCAGCACUCGCGCUCCUGGGCUACCUACCACUGCUGCCGGUUCGGCGCGCCUUACAAGAAGCCCACCACUAUCGUCUCAAGUCUGGGGGCCCUGCACGACAUCGGCCUGCUCUGCGAAGGGGGCCGCAGGCACGAGCACUUGUCUGGGAAGGUACGUGUCCGUGCGCCCACGGGAGGGCUCAAGCUUCAGUGGAAGACCACGUUGGCCGGCGCGUACCCCCCGGGCGCCUGCCAUCUCGCUGCCAGCAUCCUGGCAGCGGCGGCGCCGCGCGGCGCCAGGUCGGACGCCGAGCAGUGGGGCGGCGUCUGGGGGCCCCCGAGGGUGACCGCCACGACCGCCGAGCGGUACCACGCCAGCCUGCACGAGUUCGCCGCGCAGAUGGGCCUGGACCCGGCGCGCUGGACCGCCCGCGACCUCCCUGCCGUCGACGCCGCCCUCGACCGCUUCCUCGAGGAGCUCUUCGUAGCCGAGCGGUCGCGGGGCGAUGCUCGGUAUGUGCUGGCGGCUGUCGCCGACCAUUUCAACGUCAGCCUCCGCCAGCCUGGGGUCCUCCCGCUCGCUCGCGCUGCCAUGGCUGGCUGGGGCAAGCUGGAGCCUGACUCGACUUCGGAUCCCCUCCCGUGGUCGGCCGCUGUGCUGAUGGCGUACCACCUGUCGCGGACCGGCGUCGAGUCCGACCUCGAGGCCGCCCGCGGCCUCGUUGUGCAGUUCGACACCUACCUGCGGCCCUCGGAGCUGGUGCUCAUGCCUCUGGUCGCGUGCUUCACGCCGGGCAUGCACGCUGGGGUUCACUACAACAAGUACGGGAUGGUUGUCGCGCCGUCCAGCCAGGUGGCCGGCCAGCUCAUCGGCAUCCGUACCAGCAAGACCGGCGUGCAGGAUGACACCGUCCUCCUUGAUGAGGCCAGUCGACCUGGCGUAGUCGGUGCCUUCGCUGCCCUCAUCCGCCAAGCCCGCCGUGCCCGCUCGCAGACGCUGCUCCCUAGCCACACGUAUGUCUCGUACAAUAAAGUGCUGCAGCGGGCCGCCCGGGCCGUUGGCAUCCCUUUCAAAGUCACGCCUCACCUCGCCAGGCACGGGGGGCCCAGUGAGGACUUCCUCCGCCGUGCCAGGACGCUGCCCGAGAUCCAGGCGCGCGGGCGCUGGGCCUCGUUUCGCAGCGUGCAGAGGUAUGAGAAGGCUGGCCGCCUCCUCGCGGCCAUCCGCAAGCUUCCGCCUGCUGUCCGAUCCGCUGCCUGCCAGGCCGAG